UUAGAUGUUCUACCCGAACAGUCUUUUUAUUUGGUGGGUAACAUUGAUGAAGCUACCGCAAAGGCUAUGAACUUAAAAGAAAUUUAAAGAAACAAAAUGAACCUAAACCUUCGUGUAGUCACUCCCAAUCGAGUUGUUUGGGAUUCAGAAGUUCAAGAAAUAAUAUUAGCUACUAAUAAUGGUCAAAUGGGUGUAUUACCGAACCAUACUGCACUUGUAACAGCUUUGGAUAUAGGAGUCAUGAAGAUACGACUCAAUGCUCAGUGGUCCACUAUGGCUUUGAUGGGUGGUUUUGCCACGAUAGACAAUAAUGAAAUCACAUUAUUGGUAAAUAAUGCAGAAAGAGGUAUUGAUAUUGAUCUUCAAGAGGCUCAGGAAAGUUUUAGACUAGCUGCAGCUGAUCGUGCGCGAGCUGAAGGCAAGAGACAAGCAAUCGAGGCUGAUGUGGCUCUCAAAAGAGCUAGAACACGACUAGAGGCUGCUGAUGCUCUUUUGUUCAGAUAA